UGACAUACUAAGGAUUUUUCGUACGCUUUUUGGAAAACAGGGGAAAAUUCAUAGAAAAAUGCAAAAAUUAGUAGUACGCAAAUGUUUAAACGCAAUUAGAUAAAUAGGCAAAAUUUUCAAGCACAUGUAAUCACUUGAAAUUACACGUCACACGACAUCCCAGCACCAGUUUACGUGGGCAUCGGCAUCGCAGUUGCAUAAAAGCUUGCUCAUUAAGCUUCACUUCUUACUCGAUUGGAUUUUGGGUUUCCUGACAAAAACAAAUGGGUUUGCUGCUGCAAGUGGUUAGAUGGGACAAGCGCUGGCACAUUCUUACCAAAUGCGACAUUCUUUUAAAGCGCAAUAUCAAGAAGCAAGCAGUUUAUCCACCAAAGCUUGCCGAGGUUGGACGGCUUGUGGAGCCCAGAGACAGCAAAUAUGAAACUGGACAACUUUUUUUGCAUCGCAUCUUUGGCUACCGUGGCGUGAUUCUAUUUCCGUGGACAGCGCGCGUUUACGACCGUGAUUUGCAUAAUCCCAGCAAACAAACAAAUGCAACGGCAACUGCAACGGCGUCAUCAACACCACGAUCUAAAGAGGCUUCGCUUAGAGUUAAGGCAAAUAGCACAAGCAGCAGUGGAAGUGGCGAUACCGCGACUGCAACUACCGCCGGCGACAGUAAAGGCGCAGCGGCAACGCAAUCAGCAAACCAGCAAACUGACACUACUGCGUGGGCAAGCACCUCAUCAACAGCUAGUCCGGAAACAAAGAGUACCACAAGUGUAGGUACUGCGAGUAGCACCGCCACUAGCACCACCCCCACCAGCAGUGGCAACAGCAGCAAUGUCGAUACAAGAGAGGUCAAGGGCAAAGUACAAACGUUCUAUCAGGUGCUGAUCGACACGAGGGACUGUCCACAUAUUCGCGCCCAAACCGAAGCUGUUACUUUUCUAGGUAAUCAGGACUCUAAUCGGAGCUUGUAUGCCAUACCUGGUCUAGAUUAUGUGGCUCAUGACGAUAUUAUGCCAUAUAGCUCAUCAGAUAAGCAUCCUCUGCAGCAUGAACUUUUCGAUAAGUUUCUAACAUAUGCGCCUGAAAACGAACCACCAUUUGUGGGACAGGACACGUUGAAGGCGUGGCAAGAAAAGAACCAUCCCUGGCUGGACAUGAGCGAUGUGCACAAAGAGACAACGGAGAAUGUGCGCAUUACAGUUAUACCCUUCUAUAUGGGCUGCAGGGAAACUCCCGCCUCAUCAGUGUACUGGUGGCGUUACUGCAUACGUCUAGAGAAUUUGGGCGAAAUGAGUGUUCAAUUACGCGAACGUCAUUGGCGUAUUUUCUCAUUAUCGGGAACUUUGGAAACGGUGCGGGGACGCGGCGUUGUUGGCCAGGAGCCCAUAUUAAGUCCACGCCUGCCUGCUUUCCAAUACAGCAGCCAUGUUAGCUUGCAGGCACCAAGUGGUCAUAUGUGGGGCACGUUUAGACUGGAGCGUGAAGAUGGGUACUCCUUCGACUGUAAAAUACCCCCCUUCUCACUUGAAAGUAAGCCGGACGACAUCAGUCCACCACCCUCCUCAACAUCGCCUACAGGCUCAGGUAGCAUCGAUGAUUACAGCGAUGAAAAGAAGCGUGACGAUAGCGACUAGGCCACGAUGAAGCCAAACAGUUGUUAUUUCGUAGUUAACGAUUUUACAAAACAAUUUAUUUUGACUAUUCAAGAAGUACAUGUGUUUAGUGCAAAUUAAAAAUAACUAGCGGACAAACGCGUAAAGGCUAA